UUCCAGCAACAAUAUUAUAAAUAUUAAUAGAAGGGUAAUUUAGUAGAAAAGCAAGGGCAUUUUCGUGAAGGAUCUUCCACAAUCCACACUCUACUCUUGUGAACAUUGCAUUUCCUACACCAUUCUCUUUCUCCUCCAGACCCAAAAUUCUUGGUUUUCUCUUUCUCUUUUUCCUUCUUCGAUUCCAUUUCUUGUUAAUUCGCGCGUUCCUUCGUUCCCAAGUCAGCGUUAAGGGUUACGUUUGUUUGGCGCGUGCGAUGAAGAUCGAGGAAUUGGACGACGCGGAGUGUAGUAUAGACGAACAAGAGAAGUACGAGAAGCAGAUGGUCAGCGUUGAAGUGAAGAGAGCGUUGGUGGGCGCAGGUGCUCGGAUCCUGUUCUAUCCCACUCUCUUGUAUAAUGUGCUUCGUAACAAAAUUGAAGCUGAGUUCAGGUGGUGGGAUCAAAUUGACGAGUUUUUGUUACUGGGCGCUGUUCCUUUCCCCAAGGACGUCCCUCUUUUGAAGAGCCUUGGUGUGGGUGGUGUGAUUACUCUCAAUGAGCCAUAUGAAACCUUGGUGCCGUCGUCGUUGUAUCGGGCUCACGGGAUUGAUCAUUUGGUAAUUCCCACAAGAGAUUAUCUCUUUGCCCCCUCGAUUGUUGAUAUCAACCAGGCUGUGCAGUUCAUUCAUCAGAAUGCAACUUGCGGCAAAACUACUUAUGUUCACUGUAAAGCUGGGCGGGGGAGGAGUACAACAAUUGUGCUUUGUUAUCUGGUUGAAUACAAGCACAUGACACCUGCUGCUGCCCUGGAAUAUGUGCGGUCUCGACGACCUAGAGUGCUACUAGCACCAUCACAGUGGAAGGCUGUUCAAAACUAUAACAAUCGCAGGCCGUGUCCUUUACCGUACUCCCCCUCUGGGGACGCAGUUCUUAUAACCAAAGCGGAUCUUGAAGGAUAUCAUAGCACAUGUGAUGCUGGUAUGGAGCUGGCUAUUGUCCCCAAACUUCCAAGGACUAUGCCCAUGAUUGCAAGAUUAUCUUGCCUGUUUGCAUCAUUGAAAGUAUCUGGUAGCAGUGUACCAAUGAUCAGGCGGCUGCCGGUUUCUGAGUCACGUGCUUGCUAAGCUAGCUUGAUAUUCUGUCAAGCAGGUGGCCUGUACAGAAGAUGAUGAUGAAAAUAAGUGGAGUUUCAUAAUUUCCCAAAGUCGGUACAAUUGUGUAACAUGAAGAGAGGAUGCAUAGAAAGAUAGGAGAGAAGGUUUCUCCAAUGUUGUGUUACAGAUUAAGGGGAACAUGUAGUUUCUUGUACAUAUAUAUUUACCUUUUACAUGUUUGUUAAUCCAAGUGAAUCAUCGUGCAAGUUAAAGCAUUGUUAAUGUGAGAUCAGGUGGUGACCUAAGGGUUACUUGUCUUUACAUAAAACCAUAGCCGAAUCACUCAUUCGCUACCUAUUUUGUA